AUGGCCAAACGAACCAAGAAGGUUGGGAUUGUGGGUAAAUAUGUUACCCGAUAUGGAGCUUCCCUGAGGAAAAUGGUGAAGAAGAUUGAAAUUAGCCAGCAUGCUAAAUAUACUUGCUCCUUCUGUGGCAAGACCAAAAUGAAGAGGAAAGCUGUGGGUAUCUGGCACUGUGGCUCUUGUAUGAAAACAGUAGCUGGUGGCGCCUGGACAUACAACACCACUUCAGCAGUGACAGUGAAAUCUGCCAUCAGAAGACUGAUGGAGUUAAAAGACCAGUAG